AUGUCUGAAAGUUGGAAUUUCUUGAAACAAAACAUGGAAAUUCCGAUUGAACGAAUUAAAAAUUCUUGCGUAGUUGCUGUCCUCGGCAAAAGAGAUGGACUUUCAGGCGAUUUUGAAUAUUUAGUGGAACUAAAAUCACCAAACGGGUUUGCCAAAUGGAUGAUCAGUGAAGAACUCCGCAAAUUAGAGUUCGGCGAUGUGAUUUUAGAUGAGUUUUUGAAAACGAAAUCUUCACAAUUUUUAAUUACUCCGAAAAAAAUCUUACAAAAAUUAAAAAUAGGGGAAGUUUUCUUUUUCUAUGUCAUGUGGAAUAACAUUGGUGACGAUAAAUGUACAUGGGAAAGCGAAAAAUAUCUAAUUUCAUUUCCAAAUAUAGCAGAAAAAGUAAAACGCUUAAAGACGAAGAAAGAAUACGAAAUAGUAUCGACAUAUUUGAUGAAUUGUUUUAGAUCUUCAUUCAAUACAAUAUACGAAACGAAAGAAGAUGAAUUUAAAUAUGAAUCAAUAUGCUCAUUUCUCAGAAAACUACCACUAUCGAAUCACCCAUGCUUAAUAAUUACAACUCUUGACUGUCAGCCAAAAUGGAUAAAAUAUUUUAAAUUAAAUUCUCUUCAGCCGGCUUUUUCACCAGUUUCAUUAAAAGAUGAGUUCGACAAAAUAUUUAUAGAUGAUGAUGACCAACCAAAAUACAAAAUUGCAGUGUGCACUAUAUCAUAUUUGAACAUCAAUCCGUUUCUCCUUAAUUUGUGCGAUUGGUCCUGUUUUAUUUUCGACCAAAUCAAUAUUUAUUCCAAUAGAAAAACAUUAGAUGAGGUUUAUAAUGAAAUUGACCCAUUUUCAAUUUUUACUAACCCCGAAAUUUCAAAUUCUGACCCUGAAUCAAUAAAAUUCUUAUCAACAUUGAUAGAUAAAGAGCAAAAAAAAGCAUUUUCCGCGCAAUACAACAAAAUCGACAUUUUCAAUUUUAUUCUGACGAGCCAUACGUAUGUGGGAUACAAAUCACAUGGGUUCAUUUACGAAUCUGUAUUGAAGAUACCGAUGACACAAAAAAUUACUAAUGAUCUUAAGGAAAUCUAUCAGAAAAAUAAUGAUUUCAAUGAUGAUCAUAGCAAUUCUUCAAAGCAGUGGACAAAUUACAAAGAAAUAAUUAAAACAAUGAAUUACAUUGGAGAUACCUACCAAGGAAAUACAAAAUAUGAAGUUUUUGUCCAGUUGCUCAAACAUUUCAUCAAAAAAGAAGAAUACAUCGUUGUUAUGUCAAAGAAUAUGAAGAAUAUCGAAGAAGCACUCGAUGAAAGUGAAAUAGAAUUUGUCAAUGUCCAAGAUUUGAAUGAAAAAAACAAAAAUUUUGUAAUUCUAACAAAAACUUUGGAAAUUAACAUGCUAUCUGAUGAAAAAUUCUCAAAUAUUAUUAUUUUUGACGGAUCUUUCGACUUCUACUCUGAAUUCAAGACUCUUGCAGACUCCAAAUUUAUCGAACAAAAACAUUUCAACAUUUUCAGAAUCAUCUACGAACAAUCCAUUGAAGACGUUCUAUUCUCACGAAGAAACAUCGAAAAAGAGAAAGAAGCAGAUAACAUGGACAAACUAUCUGAAGCGCUCAGAAUGUCUGGCUUUCUGCUGAAGGGAGUUAAGUCAGUGAAUUACGAAGUACCACUCAACCAGACAUACAGAAAAAUACUUCAAAAUUCACUUCACUUUUCAAUUGAAAGUCGAUCAGAUAUACAGGGCAUACCAGAAUCAGCAUUCUUUGCCAUUAAGAAGCAGCGAAGAGAGAAUUUCUAUGCAGAUAGCAACGACAGCGGUGAUUUCACAAAGUCAAAACAUGGAAUUCCACGGAACGAAAUAAAAGUAGAUGAUAACUUAGUAACAAGGAUUACACAAAUUAACAGCAAGAAACAACCAAAAUCUUCCAUGUCCUCCGAUUCAGAAUCAAAUCCUAAUAGUAAGGUAACUGAAAUGACCACUGAUGUUAUAUCGAAACUAAAAUCAAACUCUUUCAAUUUCAUUAAUUACACGAGAGGCUCAAGUGAUGAUGACGUCGAAGAAAAUCUUGUGGAGUUGAGUCAGAGUAUGGAUAACAAUAGUGAUGAAAAUCUUAAAAGCCAGAAAAGCUUUUCUUCAUCAGAUUCCGAUUCAUCAAGUAGCGACAACUCUGACACAUAUUCCGAUUCUGAUACUUCAGAUUCUGAUGAAUCAACCGAAACAUCUAGUUCAGAGGGUGGACAUAUCAAUGUCUCUAUUCCAAAUUCAGAGAGUUCCGACAGUAGCGCCAAGAGGAAUAAGACAGAACACCGCAUAGUUACAAAUACUCUCUUAUCAUCGGAUAUCUCUGAAAUAAGCUAUUCAAACUCUGACAGCUCCGAAAAUUCCGAAAUUGAGGUAAAAAGUAAAAUAAAUCGCAUUCAUCAAACAUCCUCAAGCUCAGACUCAGAUGAACCUAAAAUUUUGAGCAAAAUUGAUGAGAGGAGCUUAAAGAAGUCUAAGAGAGCUCAUAAAAAGGAAAAAAAUAAAGAUGCUGCAAAUCACAAACAGAGUAUCAAAGAAGCGGAUUCAAAACAACAAAAGGUUACAGAAUCAAAUGAUAAGAAUGAAAUGUUCAGAAAUCGCGAUCACCAAAAAUCGAUUGAAAGAAGUAGAAUUAAGAUUAACGACGAUGAAAUGGAGCUAAGGGAGUCGAGGAAGAAAGUCAGAUCAUUCUCUCCCCCCAAAAUCUCAGACAUAAGCAAGAAACAUGAAAAAAGGUUUACUCUCGAUCCAUACUAUGAAGAACUACUCAACAACGAUGAUAUAGACCCAGAUCUCCAAAACAAAGUCCUUGAAUACGUCGCAAAAAUGAAAUACACAGAUGAUCGGAAAACAAAACACAACUAUUUGUGGACGAAGGACGAACACAGGAAAGUCGUCUGCGUUCUCAUGCAUUUUGGGUUCCAAAGCAUUGAGAAGUUCCGGAAAUUGGCUGAUUUACCUUUAAAGAGCGACUCCGAAAUCACUGAUUAUGUGAAAUGCAUUUUGAGAGCUUCUAAACUUCUGAAGAAUAAGAAAUUGUCACCCAGAUUUCAAAUACCCAUCGACGACUUGAAAUGCAUUGCAUUUUGUGAUGACUUCUUUAGGCAGGCAAAGCAAUGUCUCAAGAAGGAUCCAGACCUUGACGAAUUUGAACAAGAAUAUAUAGAGUAUAUUCUCAAAAAUGGAUUUUUGUACAUUAUUGACAACCCAAUUUCCCAAGGAAAGUUCAAAACACUUUUCGAAGCAAUAACUAAAGCUCGUCAAAUGUUGGGAAUGAACGAAAAACUCAUAAUUUAUGAUGAUUCCGAAUCUUCUAAUGAUGAAUCAGAUGAGUCUUCUGACGAACCUCCGCCCAGACGCCGACCAGCUCCAAGAUCACGACCGACUGUAAACACAAGGACAAGAAGCAGAGACGAAAACAAAUCUUCACCAUCAAGAUCGCCCUCUCCUCCACCAAAACCAAAGCAAAAAAUAGAGAGAACAAAAUCGCAAGCAAUAAAACAAACUUCAAUUAAAGAAGAAGACAAACAUUCCAAAACUAAAACUAUUCCAAAAAAACAAGAUCAAAUUAAAUCCAUUACGACAACUGCAAAAAUACCAAAUAAGACACCAUUGGAAUCAUCUAUCGGAAAGCUACAAACUACAACACCAGUUGCAGUACAACCAUUGCCAGAGAACCAGAUUGCAGUCAGACCGAAAAAGAUACCACCGCCACCUCCAUACAAGAAAUCUGUUGAAGAUAAUAAAAUUAUUUGCAAGAAAGGACAGCUAGAGGAAAACAUCAUUUCUUACAAGACAGACUUAUUUUUGGAAAAUCAAGAUCAAACGUCAUCCGAAGAACUACUCGAUACAUCAGAUUUUUCGGACUCAAGGUCACAAUUCAACUCUUCUGACUAUUCUGCCUUCUCUGAAUCAGAGUUCCCUGAAUUCGAAAAACAGGAAGAAGAUCAACCUGAAAUAACUAUGGAAAAAACAGCUAAUAAAAAUCCAUUCAGUUCUAUUGUUAUGAAACGACCAUCACAGACAUUCAUCGCAGAUACAGAAUCUUCAAGGCGCUCAAUUUCUGGCAUCUCUUUCGAAGGAGAAGAUGACUACUCAUCAGAUGAAAGCGACAAAAAUUAUGUUGGCUCUGGCAUAUCGGGAACAAAAAAGUCUAAGAGGGCAAAGCUACAUGAUGAGGAUCUUUCAGAUGAUGAAAUCAUUUUUGAUAAAGCAGUAAACAAGGUAAAGAAACGGAAAUGGCCACACCGUAAUGAUAAAGAUGAAAAUGACCCUAAUUUUAAUUCAAGGAAGUCGAAACAAAAAGAAAAACCCAUUAAAUAUGCACCGACCGUUUUAACGCUUCCAUACUCUCCCAGACCAAAGCUGACAAUAAUUGAUAUUGGACAGGUUGUCAAUGACGGAAGAUGGUUAUCAGCUCGCUACAAUUACUCUUUGGGUUAUAAGAGCGAAGUUAUUUAUAAUUCAACGACUGAUGGCCAUACGCAUGAAAUUUACGUUUGCACAAUUGAGCAAGGUGACGAUGGUGCGCCAUUGUUUAAAGUGACGCAAAAAAGUGAUCCAACUCUAUGCUGGAUAUCAAAUUCUAUCACUAAACCAUGGCAGGACAUAUUGACUGAUGUUAAUAAAUGGAGAAAGAUAAACCACUUGCCAAUUCGACGCAGUUUUAUCAAUGGCUCGGAAAUGUUCGGUUUAAAGGUUCCCAGGGUUAGAAAUGCAAUUUUGACACCGUCAAAGUCAGAAUCAUCACAGAAAGUAGUACCACAGAAUAUGGAUGCAAGUAAACAACCAUCAAGUAUAAAAAAGGAUAUCAAUAUUACUGAAAAUGAUGACGAUUCACCAGGUAUGAAUAUUUCUCAAGAAGAUGAAAGUAUUCAGCCACAAUAUGUCCCAGUUGAACAAGAUUUGAUAAUGUCAACAUCCUCUCCACAAAUACAGAAUGAGAUUCCUCAGUCUCAGCAAAUCACCGUUAACAAACAACAGAUUGCUGAUGUUAUUAGAAUCAACACAAGAAACAGCGAGGCCCAGUUCGUUUUCGAUUUCAAUUCCAUUAUGGAUAAAAUUAGGUUUAUGAAGUCUUUGAUUAACCAUAAACUAUCUAUCAGAUCAAAUCCAACAAAUCCAAUAGAAAUCUGA